GUUCAAGCGACGCCAUUCUAAAAUAUUCCUCACUAAAAAAGUAUUUUUUGUCAAUUCUGUACACGGCAGAUAUCCUGCAAGAAACGUUCCAAAAUGGCGACCCCUCGUGCUUUCGGAAUACUUAACAACCAGAACCUUGUGCAAGGAAACCUGCCGGUUGGAAAAUCCAUUGCGUCGUCGAAGAGCGGUGAAACGCGUCCAUCUUCUUUCGCGCUCAAGGAUCUAACCAACAAGAAGCAGCGGACAGCGGUACACCAAGAUGCCAAAGGAAAAACGCACAACGGACCGACCGAUAGCUCCCUGGAAGCGCAGGCGACCUCAAUUGUGCAGCAAGUGAGCAAGGACUUCACGAAGCCAGCCGUACCCCGGAAGACGCAGCCUAAAAUCUGGUAUGAUGACCCCUUUAAACCCCAAGAUGCAGAAUACGCAUGGGGUCAGGCAAACUGCCUCCGGGAAGACCUGCUCGACCAGAUGCUCGAUAUUCCUGAAGUAACGAUCGAGCGGAAACGUUUACGUGCCACACCCGCUCAGUCGGAUCUGCUAGAUUUUCCAGACUUCGAUGCGACAUGGAAUUACUACGAAACAGCCCCACCGAAGCCACUCGAGCUUCCGGUGGACGAUUUCCCACUGGUGGACAUCCCAGAUUUAGAAUUUAUGUUCUAACAAGCUUGCGGUGGUAUAGUGUUUUGUAUAGGAUUUUUUGAUCCAUCUACUAACCCGUUAAUUCGUGGCAGAGAUAUUAUUUAUUAUUCUUAAAUACGUUA